UUGGCGGAGAGGCUGUAGUGCCGUGACUCGUGACAGAUUAGCAACGCUCGCUCAUUUCUUUCACUAUUUUCCGUGUGCUUUAUGACUGAUCCGCACAUUGAACACUAUCGCUGCAGUAGUGUAAGUGUGUUUAGCGCUGGUUUAUUGUGGAGUUGUACAACAGUGCGCAGGUUGAUUGUGGUGUGAUGGCGUGUGUUUAGUGUGAUUGGUCUGUAGUGAGUCUGGUCAUGGUGCGUUUGUUAUGGGCGGCGCGCAGACACGCGUUGAGCUGCAGAUCAGCUGCUGCGCGGCUCAUGAGACUCAAUACACCCGCAGCAGCAGAGUCUCCACAUUUACCUGUUCUACAGCACACAACUCUAUACAGUCAGGUCAGACGGUUCAGUUCACCUGUAAGGAUGCCGGAGGUUAACAUGGAUAAUCUGGAUGAAAAGCAGGUGCAGUUGCUCGCAGAGAUGUGCAUUCUCAUCGACGACAAUGACAAAAAGAUUGGAGCUGACAGCAAGAAAAACUGCCAUCUCAACUCAAAUAUUGACAAAGGUUUAUUGCAUCGAGCGUUCAGUGUUUUCUUGUUUAACAGUGAAGAAAAGCUGCUCUUACAGCAGAGAUCUAAUGCCAAAAUAACUUUUCCAGGCUGUUUCACCAACACCUGCUGUAGUCACCCACUGCACACUGCCAGUGAACUGGAGGAACAGGACGCCAUUGGGGUCAGACGCGCCGCACAGAGACGACUGCAAGCUGAGCUGGGCAUUCCCAUGGAUCAGGUGCCUCCAGAAGAGAUGACCUAUCUGACCCGGAUCCACUACAAAGCCCAGUCCGACGGCAUUUGGGGCGAGCACGAGAUCGAUUACAUCCUCUUCAUGCACAAGGAUGUGAUUCUGAAUCCAGACCCCAAUGAGAUCCAGAGCCACUGCUAUGUUUCCAAAGAGGAAUUGAAGGAGAUCCUGGAGAAGGCCAAGAGGAACGAGCUGGAGAUCACGCCCUGGUUCAGCCUCAUUGCUGAAACCUUCCUCUUCAAGUGGUGGGACAGUCUCCAUAACCUCAAACAGUUCAUCGAUCACGACAGGAUCCACCACAUGUAAACUGAGUUUUCUGAGGGCUUAGUUACUAACGGACACUUAAACGGUUAUUAGUCUACAAGAUCAGUGUGAAAGACUGUUUGAUCGUGAGGUGCUUUGCUGGUUUGAAAACAAGUGUUGGGCAGCCUUUGUCUGUAAACGGCUGGGCAAGGAGCAGGCUUUGUCGUCAUUAUUAAAGGGAUAGUUCACUCAGAAAUUAAAUUCUAUCAUUAUUUACUCUCAUGUUGUCAGGCAGAAUAUUAUCUUCAGUUCCCAUUCACUGGAAAAAAUAGCAACAUCAGCAUUCUACAAAAUUUCUUCUCUGGUGUUCCUCAAAAUAAAUACAUUUAUUCAGGGUUAGAAUGGCAGGAGGUUGCUUAUGUGAUGUCAGAAUUUUCACUUUUAGGAGAACUAUCCCUUUAAAGAUAACCGAUUACCACUUCAGAGACAUAAUGGUAACGAUGCUGCAUAGAGUUUGGAGCAUUUUCUGUUUUUGUUAUUUUCAUACAGAUGAAUUAAGGACAAAUUGCUAACAUGCACUUUGUUUUUGUCUGAAGUGCCUAGUUUCAUAUGUGAGACUAAGCUUUUGAGAGAAUGUUUUGUGUAGAUGGAUCUAUCAGGUGUACAAUGAUGUUAAGUGAUUUUUAGAAAAUAAAAAUAAAAGUUGGUUUCUUUAUAGUCUUA